AUGGCCCAUUCGUCUCUAUCAACCGUGUUGCUCUUGUGCCUGGCCAUGGCGGCGUCGGCGCAGUUGUCGCCGACGUUCUACCAAACGUCGUGCCCGAACGCUCUGUCCACUAUCAAGGCCGCCGUGACGGCUGCCGUCAACAAGGAGAACCGCAUGGGCGCGUCGCUGCUCCGGCUGCACUUCCACGACUGCUUCGUCCAAGGUUGUGACGCGUCUGUUCUGCUGUCUAGCAUGGAACAAAACGCUUUCCCGAACGUGAUGUCGCUGCGAGGCUUCGAAGUCAUCGACAGCAUCAAGGCGAAGCUCGAGACCAUGUGCAAGCAGACCGUCUCCUGCGCCGACAUCCUCACCGUCGCUGCCCGCGACUCUGUCGUCGCCUUAGGAGGGCCUUCGUGGACGGUUCCUCUUGGAAGGAGGGACUCCACCAAUGCAAACGAAGCCGCGGCGAACUCCGACCUACCUCCCCCAUUCUUUGACCUCGUUAACCUCACCCAAUCCUUCGGCGACAAAGGCUUCACCGUGACUGACAUGGUCGCCCUCUCGGGCGCUCACACCAUCGGGCAGGCGUAG